AUGGCCUCAUCACGACUUCGCCAGUAUUUCCAUGUACAAUAUCAGCCCGGAGAACGCAAGCUCAUCCAAAAGAUUGACUUCUUCAUCCUUACCUUUUGCUGCCUCAGCUAUUUGGUGAAUUACCUCGACCGCAGCAAUCUUGCCAAUGCCUACGUAUCGGGAAUGAAGGAUGAUCUUGGAUUUGUGGGCAACCAGCUGAAUGAAAUCAAUACUUGCUUCACCGUUGGCUAUGUUAUCGGUCAAGUACCGUCCAAUUUGUCCCUUCACUAUGUCAAGCCUCGCUUCUGGUUCCCCUCCAUGAUGAUUCUCUGGGGGUGUCUUACCAUGGUCACUGCCUCGGUCCAUAACCCGCAGUCCAUCAUGGCCAUCAGGUUUUUCCAGGGCAUCUGCGAGGCCUCAACCUUUGUCGGCACUCACUAUAUCCUCGGCGCAUGGUAUACCGAGCGCGAGCUUGGUAAGCGCAGUGGCAUAUUUACAUCCUCCGGAUUGGCUGGCACCCUCAUUGGUGGUUUCAUUCAGUCUGGCAUCUACAAGAGCCUUCAUGGCCGUCUUGGACUUGCGGGGUGGCGAUGGCUCUUUAUUGUAGACGGCUUGCUCACUGUCCCCGUGGCCAUCUACGGCGUCAUCUUCUUCCCUGACACGCCCCAGACAACCACCGCCUUUUACCUGACUGAAGAGGAGAAGAAGCUCGCCGUCUCUAGAGUCCCUGAAAUUCCUGAACAAUCCCCCAUCACCCUCAAGUUCCUCAAGAAGGUCAUGUCGUCGUGGUACUGGUGGGGCUUCGUCGGCCUGUGGUGUCUUGCCGGUGAACUGGAGAGCUUCAGCACCAACUCCCUCCUGGCCCUCUUCCUGCAAAACCACCCAGUGAAUAAGUAUACUGUGCCUGAAAAGAACAACUACCCUACCGGUGUUCCUGCCGUGGGCAUUGUUUCAACCCUGUUUUGGGCUGCAUUGACCGACUUCCUCGGCGGCAAACGUUAUCUUGUCGGGUACUUCAUCGGUGCUACCAGUAUCGCGACGUCCAUCAUGAUCUUGGUGUCGUCGCGGGACCCCAAGAACCCGCACUCUACGACGGUUACAAUGGCAGCCUACUACUGGGCAGGUUCAGUCUACGCCUGCCAAGCCACCUUCUUCGCCUGGUGCAACGACGCCAUGAGAUAUGAACAAGCUGCCUUUCGUAGUGUUGUUCUCGCCGGCAUGAACCUUGGCAACAAUGCCGUCAACGCAUGGUGGAGCAUCCUAUUCUACGGAGCAUCAAUGGCCCCGUGGUUUAUUCGAGGCAUGUGGGCAAUGAUUGCCUGCUCUAUUGCUCUCAUCUUUUGGACUGUCGGGCUGUCGUGGCUGGACCGCAGAAACAAGCAGUCAUUGGUUGUGGAGGUUCAUCAUGCAGAGAAAAAACUUCAAGAGGCUUAG